GCUGCUGACCGGAAACCAGAUUUCCCGUUUACAUCAGCCCGGCUCCAACUCUCAUCGGCGAGUCAAAGCCUACAGAAGCCUGCACCGCCCUUGGUGCGCCGGCCGCGAUGGUGUUGGCCCUUUUGGUGAGCCUGCAGUUUGGUCAAACCCUGUGGCUGCGCUUGCCGAAGUGUCAGCUCCUGGUGAGCGCGACUGCGGCAUCGUGUUGUUAUGUUGGAUACGCAGAGCCAUGAUGGUUGCUGCGAUGGCUCUUUGUGUACUUAACCGCGGUUGCUUACCCACGAAACAAUGCAUUCAUUCCCAACAUCUCAUCACCAACUUCAACAUCCGGUUCAGGUUUGCUGCUCGGAUCUCACUCACGACCUCAUCCCGAGUCCUGCUUCAGAGCAAACACAGCAUCACGAUAAACAAACUUGAACGCCAUCCAAGUCCCACCACCAACGAUCAAAAUGCUCGCCCAAUCUAUCCUCCUUCUAGCCGCCGCCGCCUUCCCGGCCGUCACCGCCGCCCCGGCCCUUCAAUACCGGGAGCCCACUAAAACAUCCACCUCGCCGCGCACAACCCACUCCGUCGUCGCCGGCCGCGGUGGCCUGCGCUUCGACCCGGAGAACAUCGUCGCCGAGGUCGGCUCCAUCGUCGAGUUCCACUUCACGCCCCUUAACCAUUCCGUCGUCGAGGCCGCGUUCGACUCGCCCUGCGUGCCCAAGGACGCGACCUCGUUCUUUUCGGGCUUCUUCCCCGUCCCGCGCCCCGCGGACGGCAGCGCCGUGCAGUCGGGCGAGGUGUUCCAGAUUGAGGUGCGCGAUGACAAGCCGAUUUGGUUCUACUGUGCCCAGAACACGGGGCGGCAUUGUCAGAGUGGGAUGGUGGGCGUUGUGAAUCAGAGGUUUGAUGGUGACAAGACGUUGGCUGUGUUUAGGAGCAAGGCUGCUGCGGUGCAGGGGGCUUCGGUGGUGCAGGCGCAGGUGCAAGGUGGUUGGAGGGGGGCUAAUCCUAACCCGCAGAGUGGUUUCUAGGAUGGUGAGGGUGCUCAUGGUGAAGAGGGAGAGGGAGAUUGGUGCUAAACAGGGGCGAAGCUGAGGGGUUUGGAUGGCGGGCAUCGAGUGUUGUUCGUAUUUUAGGGUGUAUGGGCGAAGUUGAAGGGUCUUAACAUUAGAUAGCGAGUAGAUGAUUGCAUUUGCGGUAUAGACUAGACAUUGAGGCUAGAUAGUUGGGCAAUAGACGCAUG